AGCUUAUAGAAAUAAUUUAUGAUGUGUUUGCAUGUAUGUUUUCAACUUGUUACCAUAAGCUCUCCCUAUAAUAGCUUAUUAUUAACACCUUAUAGCGCUUACAUAAAAAUAGUUUGACUUUAUUUUAUCUUUUAUUAUAAAAAUAGCUUAUACACUAACACUUUAUGAUAAACGUUUAAACUAUAAGCGUUCAUCGCAUGAUUAACCUUUAAUCCAAACAGGACAUCAGUGUGUUUUAAAGUUUUGGGAAUGUAAACUUAUUAUAUGAUCCGUCCAUGGGACCCGGAUUUCUUGCAGUAUUAGGUUCACACAGUUUGACGCAAUAGGGGAUCUUGCCCGUUGAUUUGAGAUCGGACAAUUCCGAUUAUAAAUUAGUAAAGGUAAUUAAAAACAAUCUCAGCCAUCGAUUUGAGAUCGGACGGUCAAGAUCUGUUAGAACAUCCUUCUGUAACAGCCGGAAAUCCAAAUCGUAGUACAUGUGCUGUAAUUAGGAUUAUAGGAUGUUUCUAUAAAAUGUGCUGCACUUUUAACCCUAUGGAAGAGAGGUUAAUUUGUUGUCACAACAUACAGUUUCCAUGUAUUGUAAUUUACCAAUUUUGCAGAGAAGAAAGAAAUGUUCCAUAAUGUAAAGUGGAUGUGGGAUUUUAAUUUGAGCUACUAUUUGGAGUUUAAAUUUCAGAUUCCAGUAACAGAAAAACAAAUGUACGAAACAGAAAAUAUUUCUUAUGAACUUUUGGUGAAGGGAUAGCUUCUUGGGUCUGCUACAAUUACAUUCUAAGGUUGCCACACUAGCACCAAAUGUCCCUGCAAUGUAUGAGCUGCAUUUUGCUGUACCAAUGGCUGGAGCCAUUCUUUGUACCCUUAAUUCGCGUUUAGACGCAGCUAUGGUUUCAGUCCUGCUCGAGCAUUCACAAGCGAAGAUCCUUUUUGCAGACCACCAACUACUUGAGAUUGCUCAAGGAGCAUUGGACUUGCUUCGCGAAAGAGGAACAAAAUUGCCAAUUAUAGUCUUAGUAAAUGAUUCCGAUUUCUCAUCUCCGAUCCGCAUUACGUCAACGACCUACGAGUAUGAGAAGCUAAUGGAAGUUGGUGAUAAUGGUUUCAAUAUUGUAAAACCGCAAAGUGAAUGGGAUCCUAUAAGUAUAAAUUACACCUCAGGAACCACAUCUAGACCUAAAGGAGUUGUCUACAGCCAUAGAGGUGCUUAUCUAAAUUCUUUAGCAACAGUUUUACUCUUUCAAAUGGACAUCUUUCCUGUUUAUCUUUGGAAUGUUCCGUUGUUCCAUUGCAACGGUUGGUGUCUCCCUUGGGGAGUGGCAGCACAAUUUGGAACAAAUAUUUGUCUAAGGAAAGUCUCUCCACGGAACAUAUUUGACAACAUAAUUCAGCAUAAGGUGACACACAUGGGAGGAGCUCCUACAGUGCUUAACAUGAUUUUGAAUUCUGCGUCGACUCAUAGAAAACCACUCAAUCACAAGGUUUUAGUGAUGACAGGUGGUUCACCUCCACCGCCGCAGAUUCUUUCCAAGAUUGAAGAAAUCGGUUUUAGCAUUUCUCACCUCUAUGGCUUGACAGAAACGUACGGUCCGGGGAGUUUUUGUGCGUGGAGACCUGAGUGGGACACAUUGCCUCCUGAAGAAAGAUCAAAGAUGAAAGCUAGGCAAGGUGUGCCGCAUGUGGCACUGGAGGAAAUUGAUGUUAAAGAUUCUGCAACUAUGGAAAGUGUUCUAGCUGACGGAAAAACGGUUGGCGAGAUAAUGUUUAGAGGGAAUACAGUGAUGAGUGGAUAUUUUAGAGAUUUGAAAGCAACAGAAGAAGCUUUCAAAGACGGUUGGUUUCAUAGCGGGGAUCUAGCUGUGAAACACUCUGAUGGUUACAUAGAAGUUAAGGAUAGAUUGAAGGAUAUAAUAGUAUCUGGGGGAGAAAACAUUAGCUCGGUCGAGGUAGAAACUGUUUUGUAUAGUCAUCCGGCAGUUCUUGAGGCCGCAGUAGUUGCCCGGCCAGAUGAUCAUUGGGGUCAAACUCCUUGUGCUUUUUUGAAGCUGAAAGAGGGGUUUGAUCAAAAUGCUCAAGAAAUAAUCGCCUUUUGUAGGGAACGUUUGCCUCACUACAUGGCUCCUAAAACAGUCAUUUUUCUAGAUAUGCCAAAGACUUCAACAGGUAAGAUACAAAAGUAUAUUUUAAGGGAGAAAGCCAAGGCUUUGGGAAGUAUAUGUAUAUCCAGCCCCUUGAAUUGUGAAAAAGCUGUUGUUGAUUGCUCAAGUAAGUUUAGGGAAUAGCAUGAAUAUAGGUGAAUGAUGAAUGGAAAACUCACAUGAAUCCAUCCAUAACUAUUUCACCUCUAUGCACCUAAAAAGAAACUAAAAGUUUACUUGACAUCACAGUUUGUUCAGUUGUUUUAAGCAAUGUUUUAAAAACUAUGUCACCUCUAGGUUUAAGCAAUGUUUUAAAAACUGGAGCAAAGGUCGAAUCAGUGAGACUCUUAGAUCAUGGGUCAGUUGGUUCAUUCAGUUGUAUCAUGGUCAAGUUAGAUGACUAAUAAGUAAUAAAUGAGUAUUAAUUUUUUGUUUUUUUUGAAAAAAAGAACCACCUGAACUAAUCGUCGUUCAAUUCAGUUCUAACAAAAUAAGAACCGACCGUGGUUGAAUCAACUGGCGGACUGAUCGGUUCUUGGGUGAACAGACCGGUCCGGUUCUGGAAUGCAGUGCUUAUGAGAGUUUUUCUGUUCUAAUUGUGAAGAGAGCAUGAAACUAUGGUUAGUUUUUCAUUCAAAUCAUUGACUUUUACUUCUCAGACAAAGCUAGACUAGGUACCUGCUUUGAAUCAUUUGCUAUACUUGCAGUAAACAAUGCACAAAAAUAUAUUUAUGAGCAAACAAGAGAGAAAGUUGCAGAAUUUUUAUUAUCCAAUUGGAGAAUGAUAGCUAAGUGUCAUUUCAUAAAUCAUGUGUAAUGAGAAUGCACAAGCAAAUCAAAAUACUAACAAAUUCCUGUAUUGGUGUAUGUGAUGAGUAGUCUGAGACAAUAGUUACCUUCAAGAUGAAAAUAUGUUAUGCAUGCUCCGAUUGAAUACACAGAGAUUCCAUAAAUUUACACGCUCUCUUUGCCAAAGAGAUGGGAGGAGCAACACGGAGGACGGAGAAGGAGGAAGACCGGAAUAGGGUGUUGAGAAGAGGAAAAAAGAACUUCAUGAAAAUAUCAAAAAGGCUAAGAGAGGAAAAGGGGAGGUGUAUGUCAUGUUUUGACCUUCCAAAAGUUAACUUCGAAUAGUUUUAGAGCUCUUAUACAUGAACCACCUUAGGUGGCAUAUAACUUUUUACAUCCACACACAUUUGUGACACGUGGCAAAAACAUUGAAAGAAGAGAUGAAAAAGGGUGAUGAUAUGAUGUAAAAUUACUCAAAUACUCCUAAUACAUGGGGGUGUAUAUAAGAAGUGUAUGAAAAA